CAUGGGAAAACUGACAAAACACAGUGAGUCACUGAGAGUGAAGGAGGGGAGGGCGGCUGAGAAACCUAAGGUCUGUUCCUUCUUGUCUCUGCGUGAUUUCACUCAGCCUCCCUCAGAGAUAACAGCACCAUGACUGAUCUCAGCUCUACCUCCUUUAUCUUGGACUUCGGUGAAGCCUACGAGGAACUCAACUUCACCUACAAUGACACGGACUUCUUUGUCAAUCCUGAGACGCAGCCCUGCAGUCCCUUCUCCAUCCCCGACGCCGUGAUGGUGGUAGUCAGCGUCUUCUACAUCCUCAUCUUCCUGCUGGCCAUCCCGGGGAACCUGGUCGUGAGCCUGGUGAUCGGGCUGAACAAGCAGUCCCUGCCGCCCUCCGACCUGUACCUCCUCCACCUGGCCAUCUCUGACCUCCUUCUGGCCGUCACCCUCCCCUUCUGGGCCACGUCUGUCACACAAGGCUGGAUAUUUGGGGACUCCAUGUGUAAGAUUGUCGCCAUUUUGCAAGAGCUCAGCUUCUACUCCAGCAUCCUGUUCCUGACUUGCAUCAGCGUGGACCGCUACAUGGUGAUCGUUCGAGCGAUGGAGGCCCGGAGAUCCAACCGUCAGUUCAUCAGCUGGGGGGUCUGCGCCUCAGUCUGGGCUCUUGGAGCUCUUCUGUCGUUGCCAGGACUCCUAAACUCGUCCUUCACCUCGGCCAACUCCAGCCUAACGGUGUGCGCUGAGUUCUAUGAUCCCUCCAGCGCAGACGAGUGGCGACUGGCCACGAGAAUCCUGCGACACACUUUGGGAUUCCUGAUCCCGUUGUCCAUCAUGUUGCCCUGUUACGGAAUAACAAUCAAGCGCCUCCUUCACGUCCGUGGAGGAUUUCAGCGACAGCGAGCCAUGAGGGUGAUCGUGUGCGUGGUGGUGGCCUUCCUGCUGUGCUGGACUCCGUACCACCUGGCAGUGAUGGUGGACACCUUCUUCAGAUCCAAGAUCGUCCCGUACCAGUGUCCAGCCAGGGCGGCGGUGGACAAGGCCAUGUUUGCCACGCAGAGUCUGGGACUCCUGCACAGCUGCGUCAACCCGGUGCUCUACGCCUUCGUGGGAGAGAAGUUCAGGAAGCGGCUGCUGCAGAUACUGAGGAAAAUGGGACUGAUGGAGAGGCCGCCAACGCCCAGAGUCAGCCGCUCGUCUCUGUCCUCCGAAAUCACCUCCACGUUCAUGUGAAUGAACUGAGCUGUGGACCGUAGCUUGAGUCAUGAACAACAGUAAAUGUAGCCAAAGGAACUAAAAGUUGAACCAGGUGAGAGGACACAAGCUGAUACUUUUGAAAUAUUCAUCAAGUAAUGGUUGCAUCUGUAAAGCAAAAGGUGUGACAAACAUUUUGCAAGAUCAGGAUUCAAGUGGCAAGUUUUUAUCUUGGGCCUUUCACACAUUUCAAAAGUUGUCUCUCAUUAUCCAGUACAUGAAAUGAAGCUUGAAUAUUGUCCCAGGAACACACAAUAAUAUUCUUACAUAAAUGCAGACCCUACCUAAAAAGUAUUUUUUACUUGUCGGAAAGAGCCUGAUGUCUAGUUUGAAUUAAUUCUGUGUGUCUUCUGUGGUUUCUCUUCUUGAAACUUUUCCUUUUUUUAUCAGUGGUAAGCAUUUGUAUUGUUUAUUUUUUAUUAUUAUUGUGCCUUCAUAUUCAACAUCAUUUUCUACAGAUAGAAUAUAUAUUUUUCUACAUAUUUGUUUGAUUUGAUGAAACUUAUGUUACUCUCCUGAAUAAUGUCAUGAAAGCUUGGGGGCAGUUUGUAACCAGCCGGACAAUGUUCACUGUUUUAUCCCCACUUACUGGUUCUAUGGAGGUCAAAAAGCCAACGAUCAAAAUUAUGCAUGAAACGUUUUACUCCCAUCUAGAGGCUGUUUUGGACAACUGCAUCCAAAUACGCGUACUCUGAUAUUUGCAAUUAUUAUUUUUUUAUUCGCAGUGUUAUAGUGUGAUAGAAAUAGUGCUUCAUUGUAUAUGUUUUAGACUCAUUUACCAAACAAUAAUUUGUUUUAUAUGGCAUAUGUUUUAUUCUGCUUUUAUAUGUUGACAUUUUAUUAUUAUUUUUUUAAAUUCACCUUC